GUCUCCAGAUCCCACCAAGCCUGUCAGGGCUCCCCUUCCUCGGCUGGCGACAGACAGCCGCUGCCGCCUCCUGCGGGUUGCGGCCUGCCGCCACCCCUGCUAAUAUAUUCAGCACCGUGCCGAGCAGAGCAGUUCUGCAAAGCGUAUCUUCCCUCCUCCGUCGAAGGGAGGAGGCUGGGAGCGCCAUGGAUUGGGGUGUUCCGGCAUUGAUGAACUCCGUAGGCGACCCGUCCUACCGGGACCUCUGCUGCUACGGGGCCGGAAUCGCAGGGAACGUCUUCGCCUUCGUGCUCUUCAUCUCCCCACUGCCGACAUUCAGGCGGAUCGUUCGGAAUGGAUCCACGGAGCAGUUCUCGGCCAUGCCCUACAUCUACUCGCUCCUCAACUGCCUCAUCUGCAUGUGGUACGGCCUACCCUUCGUCUCGUACGGCGUCGUCCUCGUCACCACCGUCAACUCCAUCGGCGCCGCCUUCCAGCUCGCCUACACCGCCGUAUUCAUCGCCUUUGCUGACGCCAAGGAGAGGUUGAAGGUCUCUGGUCUCCUGGCAGCCGUCUUUGUGGUGUUCGGCCUGAUUGUGUAUGUUAGUUUGGCGUUGCUUGAUCACAAUACACGACAGACAUUCGUUGGAUAUCUCAGCGUCGCAUCCCUCAUAUUCAUGUUCGCAUCCCCCCUGUCCAUCAUUAAUCUGGUCAUCAGGACAAAGAGUGUGGAGUACAUGCCCUUCUAUUUGUCAUUAUCUAUGUUCCUGAUGAGUGUAUCGUUCUUCUUAUAUGGGCUGCUGCUGCAUGAUUUCUUCAUAUAUAUUCCAAACGGGAUUGGAACCAUAUUGGGUAUCAUACAGCUGUUGCUGUAUGCCUACUUCAGAAAAGGAUCAAGAGGGGAAGACAGGCUGCCACUGCUAGUCACACAUACAUGACCGUGCCAACGAACAAGGUGCAUUGUCGAAGUUGUGGAAAUUUUUCAGGCGUGUACAGUCGUUGCUUUAUUCUGCUUUUGUAUGCUUGGAAUUCAGAGGAGAAACUUGACCUGUCAGUGCUGAAUGGGGCAAUGGGCGGCCUAUAACAUUGAGGGGAGUCAAGGCCGAGGUUAUCUGAAGACAGAAGACACCAAUUGCUGUGGUUGUCCAAAUCGUUUCGUUUCUGUUAAAAGCACGCUGUUUAUUGGUUAUGUGUACACGCAACACGAGUCAUAGUUUCGCUGAAUAUUCCACGGUAGAUGCUGCAAAUUGUUGGAAUCAUUUGUUUAAAUAUAUAUGUAUAUAUAAAAUGAAUGAAGUUUUGUAUAGCAAUUGUUGUUGCGUGGACUUCAUCAAUGGAUGGGGCCUCUUGCAUGUACACUAAAAACAAUAAGGACAUUUGGUAAUAAAAGAGGAUUGUUUCAUCA